AUGGGCAAGCGUAGAAGAAAGAACAGGACCCACCUUAAGGGCGCACAGGCAAGCGAGGCCGAGGUCAGCGCCCCCAAGUCGUUUGUCAUCAAGUCUGGGCAUGUGACAAAAUCAGUGGAAGCACUCGUCCGCGACGUCCGCCAGGUCAUGGAGCCCAACACGGCUACCCGCCUUCGCGAGCGCCCAGGAGCCCGCCUUCGCGACUAUCUCACCAUCGCGCCGACACUCGGCGUCACCCACCUCAUGGGGUUUACGCUCACUGAUGCCGCGAAUCUGCAUCUCCGCGUAGCGCGUCUCCCCCAGGGCCCAACGCUCACCUUCCGUGUGCUGCGCUACUCGCUGAUGAAGGACAUCACCAACGCCCGCGGGACGCUGCGCAACAUCGCCAAGUCACCUGGCGGCGAGUACCGCAACCCCCCGCUGCUCGUGCUCAACGGGUUCCAGCAGCCAACUGAUGGCACCGCACUGCCGCAGCUCCGCCUCGUCUCGACUAUGUUCCAGGGCCUCUUCCCUCCCAUCCAGGUCGAGAAGAGUGCUCUCCCGACUUUCCGCCGCGUCCUCCUCGUCUCGUACAACCACUCCACGGGUCUCGUGAGCAUCCGGCACUUUAUCAUCAGCGUGCGCCCGCAGGGUGUUUCGCGCCGCGUUCGCAAGCUCCUUAACCCAUCCAAGGCACCGGACCUUACCCGCGCCGACGACAUUGCCGAUUACCUCCUUCGCCGGCGAGGAAGCAGCCCGGGAUCGGAGGGGUACGACAGCAUGAGCGAGAGCGAGGCGAGCGAGGCGGAGAGUGACUCGAACGCCGUCGAGCUGCCCGAGGACUAUGUCGGGCGCGGGAACCGUAAGGGCGAGCGUAAGGCUGUCCGUCUGCUUGAGACUGGGCCGCGACUCGAGCUGCAGCUCGUCAAGAUCGUCGAGGGUCUGGUCGGGAGCAAGCGUGGCGAGGGACAAACCGUGUUCCACCACUUUGAGGCGCGAAGCAAGGGUCAGAACGCUGCUCAGCAGCGCGCACACGACGAACGGCGGCGGUUGCGCGAGGCCCGCCGUGCUGAGCAGGCUGCGAACGUCGCGCGCAAGAAGGCAGAGAAGGCCAAGGCCAAGGGCGAGGACGAGGAGGAAGAGGAGGAGGAGAGCGACGUUGACGUCGACGGGCUGUCUGACAUGGACCCCGAGGAGGCGCUUGAGCGUCGCCGCGCUGCCGCGGAGGAUGAUGACGACGAGGAGGAGGAUGACGAGGACGGAUUUGACUACGAGGACCACGGUGCGGACGCCGACGACGACGACGGGUGGGACGCGGAUGCUCUGGCUGGCGACGUCAGCGACGAGGAGGAAGAGGAGAGCUCUGACGAGGAUGAGGUGCGGCCGCCACCGCCGAAGCGCCGCGUGAAGCCCAAGCACUAG